GGAUCAACUCGCCAGUUCAAUAGUCCAUCGUACUCAAACCUCCAACUUGGGAUAUGUUGUCCAUCUCCUUAGUGCACCUACCCUAAUAAACCCAGCCAGAUUUAUUUACACACCACACACAACCAAAAGCAAAGAUGACCCAGCCAGUAAUGAUAAUCGAAACGGCCAGCGCAGAGCGCCGCCGCAUGGCACGCCGCCUCGGCUUCCGCUCGAUGUCGGCGUUCGAGGAGUGGGAAGAAGAGGUCGUGAUCGACCACUUCGCCAACUUCAUCUGCGACUACCUCGCCCCCGGGUACACAAUCGUGCCUGACAAGCGGGGGUUUGUCGAGUUUGUCGAUCUGGACAGGGAGCUGGAGAAGCGCGUGCGGGCACUAGAGGAACGGAGGUUUGAGGUGGUUCUGAAUCCGGAUAAGAGCGAGUGGCGGGCGAAGGAUCAUUAUAAACACUUCAUUGUAAGCGUCAUGGCGGAUGAUAUGUGGCUGGGGAUGCAUGGUGACGACUCUGCUACUAUCUGGAAACGAAAUUGGACGGCGGCGGAGGCGACGAGGAAGAUGUUCCGCUAUCUGCAAUUCCUAGUCCGGGAGUGGUAUGAAGGUGCGGGAGAUGACUCGCAGAGGAGAAAGAUAACACAGGCUCCAGGCUUCUAGGCGUUAGGGCUUGGGGACGGAGUUUAAUUGAGUUGGGAGAUGGUUUUAUGAGAGAUCCGGUGUUGGCGUUCAGGUAUCGGAGGGAUAGGAAAAGUGUACUUGUACAAUACAUACCUGCGUGAAGCUGGUCUUCAGUAGCGUGGGCUCGUACUAAGCGGGCAUGCAUCCUAGACUAAUCAUUAUGGGAAUAAAAUAGAAGAUUCCACUCCCCUCUACUGAUUACCAUUUCUG